AUGGCGGGCGGGCGGCUCAGGACCGCGCCGCCGGGUGCUCGCCGGUGCCGCCGGGCUCCCUGGCUCGCCUCCUCCCUUCCCACAUGCAGGGAGCCGCGCUCGCCCCGCCGGACCCGCUGUGACGCCGGCCCGGCGCUCGCCGCCAGUCCCGGCUAUGCCAUGUGCUCGCCGCCGCCGCUGCGGCGCGGCGCCCCGGGGCCCCGCAUACCCCCCGUCGCUGCUGCUGUUGCCGCUGCUGUUGCCGCUGCCGCUGCCGCCGCCGCCACUACACUUUCGCGGAGAGGAGGCGGAGAGAAGCCGCCGCCAGCCACUGCCCAGAUCGGCUCUCCCACCCCCCGCCCGCUCCGGGGCUUUAUCCGGCGGGCGGGGCCGAGGCCGCCCCCGCCGCUCCCCCCGCACCUCCUCGCGCGCGCGCCCGCCCGGUACCGGCCCGGCCCGCGCCCGGCUCGCGCCGCUCCGAUCUCGCCGGGCGCUCCCGGCCGCGCGCACGUCACGCGGGGCGGGCGCGCGGGCAUGCGCGCGCCGGCGCUCGUGCCCGUGCCUGCGCCCUCUCCCCCUCCCCCUCCUGUCCCGCGCGCGAGGGGCGACCGGGGAGCGGCCGCCGCGCCCUUCCGGGGCGGAGGUGCGGGCGGCGGGACGGCGCCUUUGCCCCGCCGGGGCGGGAGAUGCGUUCCCGGGUGUGCCCGGGGUGGCGGUGGCGUUGGCUCCGCGGUGCUGCUCCGCGGGAGCCUGGCCUGCCUCUCGUUGGACCGUGAAAAAGAUUUCGAUAAGUGCUGCCGGUGCCGCGCGGCGGGUCCGAAUUGUGCUGAAGGCAAACCCCGCUCCGCCCGUCCCGGCGGCCGAGCAGCGGCAGCGCUGGGGCGCAGCGCGGCGGGAGCCCGGCCGGACAGGAAAGACACUGAUGUGCUGGAGCAUAUCCAGAGAAAGGCAGCAGAGCUGGUGAAGGAUCUGGAGCACAAGUCUUAUGAGGAGCAACUGAAGGAGCUGGAGAAGAGGAUUCUCAGGGUGGACCUUAUUGUUCUCUACAACUACCUGAAAGGAGGUUGUAACCAGAUCUCAAGACUAACACAAGGACACAGUAUUUUACAAAAGGGAAUUAAAAUGUUCCUCUCUUUCCUGCCUACGUCUCCAAUUGGAAGCCAGGGAUGUUUUUUAGCCACAGAUGUUGCAGCAGAAACAUCCACACGGCAGAUUGUCCGGAUGUACAGCAGGCUCACUGAAUGUAAAGGAAGUUUGCUGUCAGGAGUCCUCAACUGUGUCAGCAGUUUGGGAUGUGACCCGUGCUUAGCCUGCGGGAAGGGGGAGUGUGGCUGCUGAAGGUCCCUGUGAUAAUGCCUGUGCUGUCCAGAUGCAGACCACCUACACGUGUCUGUGAACUCCACUGAGGUGCGUGUGGCUGUUUCUCCAUGCAUGCAAUGCAUUCUCUGCCUUGCACAGUUCUCCUAGCACAGAGCUAAACCUGGCAGCAUUGCUACAGAUGCUUUUCUGGCCAGAAUUCCUGGCAUGAAUUUUAAGGAAGGGUUUGCUUGCAAUCACCUGAUAGAAGAAUAUAGUAAAUGAUUACUUGCAGCAGAGAGCACAGUAAUCCAUUGUCAAACUGUAAUGGGAAAAAAAAAGAUGGUAUUUGUGAAGAGAAACUAAGUAUUACAUUGUGAUGGCUCUUUAUUGUCAAAUGUUUGAAAAAUUAAAGCAAAGUACAAAUGCUGUGGUUGAUGGUGUUGCCUUUGACUGGUUUUGUUUUGUUUUGUUUUCAGUUAGCAUUAAGCUAUGUCUUUUAAGUAUAGGAAAUAUCAUUAAAAUUUUGUUUAAAAUUAUGAUAGAUUUAAUUUUGUGCAUCACUGGUGAAAGUCUGGGUUUUUUCCAUCCCAUUAGGCAGUUUUUUGGUAAAGACUCCUGGUAUGAAAAUAAUUGCUUCCGAAUACAUAAUUUUUUAAAAGUGCUUGGCAAACCAGACAUCACAGAGAGCUACAGAAUGAGUACAUACUGGGGCUGUGGGAUGGUCUGGGCUGUAUCGGAAGCAUGUGCCCACUCUGGAGCUCUGAGUUCAGAUACCACUGAAUGUGGGCACAUUAUGGAAAGACAGAGAAAUAGUUUCUGUUCUGUCUGUUCUACUUCUUUCCUGAGAGCUUCUCUUUCCAUGAUAAGAGGAGGUAAAGAGCCUAAAAGUGCCUUUAAAAUUUCAUGGGCUGAAGGUGGAGAAGGUGUCUGAGGUGUCUGUAUUCCUUUGUGAAAUGUGUGUCACUAGACAAAAGAGAGGAAGCAACCAAAAACCAAAUGAGUUCUGAAGUUCUGCACAACCUUUGUUUCCACUCUGGUACAGGCCAGACAGAUCCUAUUUCAUUUAUUAUUAAAACUCCUACUGAACUUUUGGAAAUUAAUACCAGGGAAGAACGUAUUUUGUGUGGAAAAGUGCUGUAGAAUACCAGUGAGGACAACGUGACUGCGAAUGACAGUGGGAGUGUUUUUAUUUCAUCUAAGUUUGAAAUAGGAGAACUGGAUAGACUGCUGAAAGCAACUCUAGCAAUGCAAUAUCCAGUAUCGGGAGAACAAAAUCCUUUUGUUUCCUGACCUCGGCCUCAUCAAACAAACUAAGAGAAAAGUGUUAUUGAGCCAGAGGAAUCUGUUUACUGGAAUGAACACCAAAGCUCUACGAUGGCAUCUUACAGCACAGAAGACAUUGGAACAGAACAGACCUAUUCUGGAAAAAAAAAAGCAGCAACCACGCACAGAUGGCAACAAAGUCAAUGGAAAAUGAACUUGCACGACCUACAAAGUAAACUGUCAAUAAUUUUGAUUGCUUUGUUUAGCUGACAGCUGUGCCUAAAAUGGAUCUCAGUUAUACUGACAUUAGAUGUUUUAAGGACUCUUUAACUGACAUGCACAUUUAAUUCUAUGUGAAAUGUUCAAGUUAAAUAUGCUUGUGUCUUCAAAAAUGUAUGAUCUGGUUGAGUUGAAUAAUGGUGAAAAAUAUCUAUCCAAAAUGAAUGUUAAUUUUUUAUAUUGUAGAGUUAAUGAAGCUGUUUCUUAGUGCAUUCCCGUAAUGAUCUCUGGAAGCUCCUGAUCAUCUUGCUGUAAUAUCAAAAGACUUUCUUUAGUAUUUAUGUUUUGUGUUCUGUACCAAACAUGCUUUGGUAUAUGAAUAUUCUUUUACUCUAUAUCUUGAUAUGCAUUUGCUUGCAUAUGUUACUAAUCAUCUAAGCUAUGUACUUUGCCUCCUGAAUGGAUGAUAUACUUCCAAAAUAGGAAAAAUAUAGUGUAUCAUAAAUAAUGCAUUUUUAUGUUA